AUGGCAUCUGCUGAAGUUCCAGCGGAGCGGGUGGGCUGCACCAGCUUCGCUGAGGAGAGUCAGGAGGAAGAGGGUGAGGAGGAUUUUCGUGUAGAUGCAGCCCCCCUGGACAUCUCAGUCAAGGGAGUGGCCGGCCUGGUGGCCAACAUGGAGCCAGUGCAUCCCAGCAUGCUUCGGGCAACCCGAGCAGGGCUGGUGCUGAAAUCCGGUGGCUCCGCGCUGAGGGGGUUCAACCGCGACCUUUAUCAAUACAGCGACCCUGUACAGUCGAUUGAAGUCUUUUGGAGCCACAGCUGGCAUGGAAACAGGCACUUGAAGAUACUUCUGCUUCUGCUGCUUUACAAUGGCCCUCCUGCCAUCAUCCUGGCAACGAUCUCCGCGGGGCUGAUGAUGGUCUUGCAAAGUUCUGACCUCUUGCCUGGCUGGGAGCGUGGGACCCGCUUUGUUGUGGAUCAGGGGGCAGAGCAAAUCUUUGGCACAUGGUGCACGCUGACAGGUGGCCUUGUGUUUACCGUGCUCCUCUUGACGUGGAGAUCCAAGCGCCGGGUUUUCUACGACCAGAUGUGCAUUCAGCAGCAGAACGUGAUCUUGAAGACCGCUGGCAUUCUCAGCAUCGGCGCCUGCCUCAAGCACUCCGACCAGCUGCUGAUUGUGUGGGACGACACCUACGCUGCGCGCUUGUGGUGCAUGCUAGAGUUGGCGGCAUUCUUGAAAAGCCACGAGCUCCAAGAGCAGAAGGUUCAGAUCCGGCUUGCCGUCAUGGCCCCGUGCAUCCUAGGGGUCGGCUUUGCCCUUUGGGCCACCAUGCUGCAGUGGCUGCUGUUUUUUGAUCAGACGUAUCUGGACACCGUGGUGCUUCUGGUCAUCCGCUGGCCGUUCAUGUACUUUGCCGCGGCCGCCUUGCGAUCGCACUACCGUAACACAGAGGCGAUGCUGCGACAGCUCACGAGCUUUACAGUCGAGAGCGCUGGGUGUCACUGCUGCAAGAGGGGUCAGGCAUGCUUGAGCGAGAUCUGUGAUCGCGCCGUCAUCAAGCAGUGCAUUCGCACCUGGUACGGUUCUGCCGAGAACUUCGAGGAGACUGUGAAGACUCGUGUCCAGACCAUGCUCUACCGCCAGCUGGGUGGAAUGUUGUUUCCUUACGGCUGGAAAGUGGUGGGCGGAUCGCCUCUGCUCUGGGGCUUCUGCGACAUGACGGCUGCGCGAUUGCGAUCUGGGAGCUGGCGCGCAGCUGCCAUCAUGUUCGCUGGCGGCCUCGCCUGGUGGCUCUUCUUCUGCCCACACCUCUUCCAGCUUGCAUUGCUUCUGGCCAGGUAUUUUCGCAAGAAGGCGCCCGGCACCUGGCAAGACAGGUUUAAGAGUAUGGCGGUGGCACUGCUGCUGACCCUCGUCUCCUUUAUUGGAAACAUCACGUCGCUUGUGCAAGGUCGCUUGCCGACACUUCUUUGGUUUACUGCUCCAGUGCUAGUUGCCGGGGUGACGUGGCUUAUCAGUCGAUAUCAAGCUGUCACCCAGAACUCGGCGGAGCUGGAUCCGGAAAAUCGCGUCGGGAACCAGGUUCAUAGCCUGGAUGGUGCUGUUGACACGAUCGUUUCACUUUGA